UAUCCUACCCAACAAUCAUUGUACAAUUUUGUCGUAGAUUACGAGCAUGUCGCAGCCUUGCCAAAGAUAAAGUAUAUAUAUAGGCAGUUAGGCACAGACAUUCUCAUCAGCCAGCUGUCCAACCACCAUAAGCCACCAACUGAGCAACCAGCAAGCUAGCCGGGGCAGCAGCUAGCACGGCUUCCAUGGACGCAGCUCGCCGGAACGGCGCGUGGGAGAUCGACCUGGCUCGGCCCGGGCCGGACACGGCGCGGUCGGACCGCUGCGCGAAGCUGUUCCUGCUGUGGGGGGCGGCCAUCGGGAUCCCCGCCCUGGUGUUCGUGUUCGCCGGCUACGUCUGGGGCUCCGUCGCCACGGCCGCGCUCCUGGUCGCCGGGAGCUGCUUCACGUGCUACUACUACAGGGCAGCGCCGGAGCCGCCGCUGCUCCCGGAGCACCUCGGCCCGCUGCGCGUCACCGUGCCGGUGGGGCAGCCGCGGCAGGGGCAGGAGGUCAACGGCAGCGCCGCCGGCGGGCUCAGCCAGGAGGACGUCGAGGCCAUCCCGGCGUUCGAGUACCGCCGCAGGCUGGUGGGGCCGGCGGAGCAGUGCGCGGUGUGCAUCAACGUCGUGCGGGACGGGGAGAUGGUGCGGAGGCUGCCGGCGUGCGGGCACACGUUCCACGCGCCGUGCGUCGACGGGUGGCUGCGCGCGCACGCCACGUGUCCGAUGUGCCGCGCCGACGUCAAGGUCGUCGCCGGCGAGCCACCAGCGGAGGAGGCGGCGUAGCAUUGGGACUGUGGGACAGCAGUUGUCAGAAACUCAGAAUUGUUUAUUUGUGUGACUGAAUCCACGCGUGUGCGUUAUCUGUCUAUAUAUAAGUGGGCUUUGGAUUCAAA